AUGUCUGCUGUGCUACUUUUGCCAGAGAAAGCAGAUGUAUGCCACGCUUACCAACUAUUGAAGGAUGGAGGUCUAAAAGAUGAAAACAUCAUCGUAUUCAUAUACGAUGACAUUGCUAACAAUACUAUGAAUCCCAGACCUGGAAUCAUCAUCAAUAAUCCACAUGGCCAUGAUGUUUACAAAGGUGUUCCUAAGGAUUACGUAGGAAAAGAUGUUAAUGCUCACACUUUUUACAAUGUUAUUCUUGCGAACAAAAGUGGUAUCACUGGGGGCAGUGGGAAAGUAGUGAACAGUGGUCCAAAUGACCAUAUCUUCAUCUAUUAUACUGAUCAUGGCGGCCCUGGUGUAGUUUCGAUGCCAAGUGGAGAAGAUGUUUAUGCAAAUGAUCUGAUUGAUGUGUUGAAAAAGAAGCAUACUUCAUGGACAUUUGACAGAUUGGUGUUUUACCUAGAAGCUUGUGAGUCUGGUAGCAUGUUUGAUGGUCUUCUUCCCGAAGGUCUCGACAUCUAUGUCACGACUGCAUCAAAACCAGAUGAAAACAGUUGGGCAACAUAUUGUGGUACCUAUGAUGGUGGAGUUGUUGAUUGGCAAAAUAUUGUCCCACAUCGGUAG